AGACGCCCUUCGGGACCCGUGCAGCCCUGCCCUCCGGGACUUCGGUCCAGCACCGGACUAGGUGGAAGGUUCCUACAGAACAGCCUGGCUUUCCUGGGCCGUCGGUGAAUCUUGGAGGUCCAUGGAAAAUGGGAGGCCUCCCGAUCCCGCAGACUGGGCCGUGAUGGACGUUGUCAACUAUUUCCGAACAGCAGGAUUUGAGGAGCAAGCUGGUGCAUUUCAGGAGCAGGAAAUUGAUGGAAAAUCCCUGCUCUUGAUGACGAGAAAUGACGUGUUGACAGGACUUCAGUUAAAACUGGGGCCUGCUCUGAAAAUCUAUGAGUAUCAUGUAAAACCUCUUCAGACCAAGCAUUUAAAGAACAACUCUUCUUAGUAAAAUCACACUGAGGUCUCAGU